UUAAACAGUCAUUCAGUCAGACAUGUCUUCAAAGAAAGAGAAAACAAAUCCCAACGCAAUCACCAGACAAACAAUUAAAGACAAAACAACUUCUGGAAUGUUUGGAAAGAGUUUGAAGUCAAACACGGAAACGAAGACACCAUACGAGAGAUGUUACGUAUUAAGCGAUCGGUGGCCGUGACGUUCAACACACAAGUCAACUAUAUGACCGCACAGAUGUUGGCCGCAGUCAACGGUGGCGGCCGUAGUAGUGAAGCAUCGGAACCGACUUCGAUGAGCCAAUUGGAGACAGACUUCAAGCUUACGAACGAAGAGAAACGUCAACAAAGAACGAUAUUUAAAGUUACAGCCAAAACAUGCAGAAGAAUUUGAUUACUGCCGAUCGUUUGGACGAAGCGGCCAUCAAAUUGGCCGAUAUUGUCAACAGAGACGACUUUCUAUCGAAAGCCGGCAAAUCUAAGCACCAGUUGUGGACCGAAUUGAGUGAAUUGAUUUGCAAGAAUCCCGAUAAAGUACACUCACUUAACGUUAACGCCAUUAUACGCGAAGGUAUCAAACGAUACGCCGAUGAACAGGGAAUACUGUGGAUAUCGUUGGCCGAGUACUACAUCCGCAGCGGUUUGUUUGAAAAGUCACGCGAUAUCUAUGAAGAAGCCUUACUGUCGGUAACGACGAUCAAAGAUUUUUCGCAAGUUUUCGACGCCUACGCACAGAGUGAGGAACAGCUGAUUAAAGCAACGAUGGAUAUGACAAAUCUGAGCGAUGACGAUGAUAUUGAUCUUGAAUUACGAAUAGCCCGUUACGAGGAUCUAAUCGAAAGGCGACCUCUGCUGUUGAAUAGUGUAGCCUUAAGACAGAAUCCGCAUAAUGUCGAUGAAUGGCACAAACGAGUCGGACUGUUAGAGUCAAAACCCGAACAAGUGGUCGAAGUCUAUACCGAAGCCGUACAAACCGUAGAUCCAAAGUUGGCUGUCGGCAAAGUACAUACACUGUGGAUUAAUUUUGGUAAAUUUUACGACCAAAAUGGCCAGUUAGAGGACGCCCGAGUGAUAUUCGAAAAGGCGACUACAGCGGCGUUUACCAAAGUUGAUGAUUUGGCCGCUGUUUGGUGCGAAUGGGUUGAGAUGGAGCUCCGACACGACAACUGGAAACAAGCACUACAGCUCAUGUACAGGGCUACGGCAGCACCGCCGCCAUCGGCCAAGAAAGUGUCCUAUCAUGACCACACGGAACCGGUACAAAAUCGGUUAUACAAAUCACUGAAGAUUUGGUCCAUGUAUGCCGACCUCGAAGAAAGUUUCGGUACGUUUACCACAACCAAAGCCGUCUACGACCGUAUUAUUGAGCUAAGGAUAGCCACACCUCAAACAAUCAUGAAUUACGGUCUGUUUCUCGAAGAACUUAACUAUUAUGAGGAGGCGUUCAAAGCCUACGAAAAAGGUAUAUCACUGUUUCGGUGGCCAAAUGUUUACGAUAUUUGGAACACCUAUUUAACAAAAUUUUUGAGACGUUAUAAAGGCUCGAAACUCGAAAGAGCCAGAGAUCUAUUUGAACAAUGUUUGGCCAAUUGUUCGGAAAAAAUUGCCAAAAAUUUUUAUCUAUUGUACGCCAAAUGCGAAGAAGAUUACGGAUUAGCUAAACACGCGAUGACUAUCUAUGAUCGGGCCGUACAAGCAGUUCUACCUGAAGAACGAUACGAAUUGUUUAAUAUAUUUGUCCGAAAAGCGGCCGAAAUGUUUGGCGUUACUCAUACGCAACAAAUCUACGAGAAGGCUAUCGAUGUCCUGAAUGAUAGCCAGGCCCAGGAUAUGUGUCUAAAGUUUGCCGAAUUGGAGCGAAAGUUGGGUGAAAUAGACAGAGCCCGAGGCAUAUAUGGCCACUGCAGCCAAAUGUGUGAUCCGCGAACUUCGGCCAACUUCUGGAACGUUUGAGAGUUUGAGGCUAAACACAGAAACGAAUACACCAUACGAGAGAUGUUACGUAUUAAGCGAUCGGUGGCCGUGACGUUCAACACACAAGUCAACUAUAUGACCGCACAGAUGUAGCCGCAGUCAACGGUGGCAGCCGUAGUAGUGAAGCACAGGAACCGACUUCGAUGAGCCAAUUGGAGACAGACUUACGAACGAAGAGUCUAAUCUGAAAGCGCCGAUAAUUGGCGCCAACAAUUGAUUUGUUUUCAUUGAAUUUCUAUUUCAUAUUAUCAUAUAUUUUGGCAAUCAUUUUGUAAAUAAUUUAUUAUUAGUUAUUUUUAAAUAAUUUAAUUUUAUUACUUAUCAUUC